AUGGCAUCUUUAGCUCCAUUGUCUGGCAUCGAACAGCAGUAUGAACGUGUGGUCAAACUACAUCUUCCAGUUGAUUCAUUCGUCCAGUGCGCGAAUGCAAAGCGGCCGGACAACACCUUGUUUCCGGAUGUGUCAUCGUUCACUAUCGGAUAUCCAGAUUUGGAAACCUACCUCCCCUUGAUCCUGGGUUUUUUUCAGGAGAACCCACAGACUACGAAAGGAGAACCCGAAGAACCUGUUCAGAUCGAUGAUGAAGCUGAAUGUCCAGAGGGUGAGUUCACGUUAGAGGAUUGCAUAGAGUUUUGCCAGACAUGGACUUCAAAGGAAGAGAUGAUCGAGAACCGACCUCAAGACUUGCCACCCGCAGUUUGGUCUGAGACCUUGAUUGUCUUUGACCUGUGCCAAACCCAUGGACCUGAUCCUGAUGUGAUUGCGGGACACCUCCCAGAAGCGCUUGCUGCAGCACAGGCUGACCGCUUGAUGGAUGAAGAGCGCCUGCCCCAGCCCAGUGACGAGAUUGAGAAGGACAGUGCUUUGAAGUCGCUGCCCUACCUUCAAAAGUUGAGGAUUCUUCGAGAUGCCGGGUUCCAGGAUUCAGCGGAAUACUGGUUGGAGGCGGCUGGGGAUGAUGUGUGCCAGGCACUGGUUUGGGCCACCCAGCAUUGCCUUGCUCAGGCACCGGCUGGUGCUCACCGGGAGGAUCCACGUGCACCUCAACCUUGUGAGGCAGAAGUGCGACCUGAACCUUUGGAGCCAAAAGUGAGCCCGCCCGAACUUCCUGUGAACAUCGAUACCGUUGAAACUCUUCCUAUGCCUGAUGAACCUGCCGGCCUCCUACGUGCCAAAACCCUGACCCUUGGUGAUCCUGUUGUACCUGAAGUGCAUGACAGUUGCCCACAUGACUCUGUCUUGGUUGAGGAUGACACAGACCUGGACGAGGCGUCAGAAGUGUGGGAAGAUUCUCAACCUGCUCCCGAGUGUGAGGGGGACGAUUGGGAUGAAGUUCGAGCAGUUUCAGAGCCAGAAUUUCCCAAGGGUGAUGAUGACUUUGGUCGCCACCACGAUCUUUCUCCUCACGGACUUGCCCUUCAUUCCGACACGGCUGAGCCUGACACGCCUGCUGGUGAACAUGUUCCACCUGCUCGUUCCGAGGACAAGGUGACGAUGUCCCGGGCUGACAAGAUUGCUCGUGCUUCCACUGCUGAGAUUCCAGAUCCCUUCCAUGGAGGAGGCCCAGAUCCCUUGCACAAGAACUUCAAGGUUUGGAAGGUGGUGAGUGUUGGGAGUGAUGGGUUGGCGGAAACCCAGAAGGGUUGCGAUCUGUUGGAGUCCCUCGAAGAAACCAUCGAUUCCGCGCCUCCCCCGGUGUAUGCUGAGCAGGGACAGCCUAGGGGAAGGAAACCAAGUGCCAAGCCCAAGGCCAAGGGUAAGAAAGCGAAGAAGAGCAGCAAAAAGGGGGGGAACAGGCGAAGGGCAAUCCUUCGCAAAGCUCGGUCCAGUAGUGCUCUUUCUGCUGACCUCAAUGUUGCUGAUGCCCCUGGUAAGAAUGAUGGAAAGUCACCUCCAAAGACUACCCAAGUCCUGAAGAAAAAGAAGAAAACAGUUGUCGCUACCGGGGGAUCUACACCUGUUGAGGUAGUGCCUAGCAAGAAGCGUAGGGUGCGUGGGGGGACCACAACCAUGCCUUCCUCUGAGCCUGCCUGCCCCGAGCCAAAGCCGGAGCCGAGUUUGCCUCAUGAUGAGAUUCCCAAAGAUGCCAUUGACGCGCCCCCGCACGUGACUGGCAACCAGGUGUACUCGAAUGCCUACAAGAAAAAAAAGUACCAAGGCGUCAUGGCUCAAGUCUUGAAAGAAAUAAUUUCGAGCCAAAAGUUUUUGCAUGGUGUCAAGACCUUACCGCACUACGAUGAGCUCCAGCGAAAACAAUUGGAACGACUGACGCCAAUUGUGAAGAAACAUUUCAUCUCUGUGGAGAUGGCUGGUCGCAUCCUGGAUUCUUUCUCCGAUGCGUGGAGUGGAAGAAUGUUAGAUGAUUUGAAGGCAUUGAUUGCCGAGCAAAGCGAGUCGCAGGAGGAUCGUUCCUGUCGUGCUGGCUUACAAGACUUCACUGCUUUGCCGAACUACUUAUCGAAGGAAUGGUGGGGUAAAUUAGAAUCUCGCGCCGCUGGAGUGUAUAAACUUGAGCUUUUGACUAAUUUUGCAGCCACUUUGGGUUUAAAGAAUCCAACGGAGGCUUCCUAUGGCGCUUUGGUGGCAUUGUCUUUCUAUGCGGACAAUGCUGAGGUGUGGCCAGAGUCGGAGCAGGUGAAUCUCUUGAGGACGCAUAAGGAACGCAUGCGUCGUUGGCUCACCAAGGCGCCAGGUCCCAAUGUCCGUUUGGAAAUUUUGCCUGAGAAUCCUGAGGAGAUUCCUGUUUCCUUAUUUGCGAAGGUUUUUCCGACGGGAUUGGUGCCUGGUUCACCGCAACUGAUGGAUGUUUCCAGGUUGCGCCGUUUGAUCGCUGAUUUUCGGUUGAGGGGACCGAAGGAUGGGACGGUGUCUUCUACUCCGUCCCUGCCUGCAAGUGGUCAGGUCGAUGCAAUUGCCUUGGUGCAUGCUGCCGCCACUUUGGUGGCGCGUGCGCAGACGCAGCCUCGACCGUCUGAAGUCGAUUUACCAGGUUUUCGAAUGCUGGACGUAAAGAGAGAGGAAGCACCGAUAGCACCGCCGGCCUUGGCAUUGGAAGACUUUGAAAAGCCAGCACCUGUGACGGAGAGCAAAGAGCCCAUGGCGAAUGUGGAUAAAUCUGCAAGCCAAACCCCCGGAGACGCAAUCGCUUCUCUUCGUGAGGAGUUAAAGCAAAAGGGAAAGGUGUCGCAUGCUGAUUGCAGCAGGGACGCGGGACAGAAACCGCGCGCUGCAGCUCCGAAAAAAGGUGCCGCCAUGGCUCGUCCAGCCUCUGCUGUGAAAAAGAUUCUCAAGCGUCCAGCUGCAAACAGGGAUGUCGGAGCGCGCGUGGUGGAUGAUCGCGCCGCUCGACGCGAGUACAUGAGCAGGACAUCUCCGUUCUCACCGAAGCAAGUGGGCAUGCCGUCUGCUGCAGAUGCAUCGGCAGAAGAGGAAGCUUCUGAGGAGGACCGCUCCUCAGACGCUGAGGAUGAAAGGAAUGGGAAGCGAAAGGCGCAGCUGAUGCCAGCGCGGUCACGUUCUGAGGAAGGUGAUCCAGAUGCACCGGGGAAGCCACCUUCCCGGAGGUCCCGUUCCCGCAAGUCUCGGUCCCGCAGGUCCAAGGACCGAAGCCGUGGACGCAGCAGAGCGAGAAAAAAGAAAAAGAAUUCCUCCAAGGAGGAAAAGCAAGAGCGCGAUCGCACCAGGGAUCGUCGUGGUGAGGAUCGUCCCAAUUCUCCGCGGGGCAAACCGCCCCCGAAGCCACAGGAACAGGGUCGUGACGGUUCGAAGCAGUGCGAGAUUUGCAAGACCAAAAUCUCAGCGCACCCCGCGGCCAUUGAUCAACAUCAGUGGCUGAAUGAAUAUUGUCUCGCCUGCCAAGCAUACAACCGAAUGACGCCAACGCAGAGGCAAAAAAGUGACUCAUGGCAGAAAGCCCAAGAGGUGGCGAAGAAAGUCAAAGGUAACAGAACGGAACCGAGUGCCUCUGUUGCCAGGGAGCGGGUGCCUGUGGUGGAUCUGGAGUCCGAAUCGGGAAUGCGUCAGACGCGCUCUGUCGCAGGAUCUCCAGAGGUGCCUCGUGGUCGGGACCGCCAUGGGGAGCCUCGCAAGGAGAAGAAGCGUCGUAAGGAAAGACUGCGGGUCUUUCGUGAUUGCCUGAAAGCAACCACGACCACUCCUGAAGUUCUUCCGGAGGGUGAUGACCUUUGGAAGGAUGGUUGGAGAAUUGUGGUGGAACUGUUGGAUCAAGCAGAAGGCAUGGCGCACUCGCAAGGGCAGCUGGACUGUGCGAAAUAUAUUGAAAGAUGCAAUCGCAUGAUUGAGAAAGUCAUGUCUGAGGAUAUGGCUGGCCUUCCUGACGUCUGUCGUCUCUGGAAUCGGAACACAGACUGGGAUGGGCACUGGCCGCGCUUUCUGGAAAGGGUGGGUGCAUAUCACCUGCAGCAGGUGGAAGAAGCGAUCCCAGCUUUGGAGCAGCUGCGGCUGCGCUGGCAGGAGGAGACUGAAAACAGUCUGCCAGAAGCCUCGUGGUUGUACCAGGCUGAGUGCCAGCUAGAAUCGAUGAGGGAGACGUUGCUGGCUUUGAAUCGGUUAGUGUGCGGACCUUUGUUUUGCAAGGUGGCUUGCGGCAUGGCGGACCGUCGCGUAUGUCGCUUGUGCGGCCUGGAGCAUGCUUCUGCUGCGGGCAGGAUGCAUGGUCGCUCCUUCUUUUGCACUGGUUGCUGGUCAGCAAAAGCGAUGCUGCAGCGCAACUUAGGAGACAGGACUGAACUGAAAGAUUUCAGUCCGGCCGAGACGCAUUCCUUCUUUCGCGCCAUUGCGAAGGAAAAGGAGAAGCAGGGAGGUCGCAUUCAGUGGGUCACCGUGCGGGCCACACUUGUGAGAUCUCUGACAGAUCGCAGGAUCUCCACUUUUCGUGCUACGUGCACCCAAAAGGAGUUACCUCUGUCGGUCUGGGUUAACCAAGGCUGGGACAAGACCCUCGUGGAAGCGUGUCCCAAUCGGUUUUCCGAUGAACUGGGCACGCAAGUGUACGCUGUCCCUGUGCGGGAAUUGUCGUGGGGAGAAGAGUAUGCAAAGAUUGAGGAGCAAGUCCUGCGACAUGAGAGAGAGGGACAGAAAAGCAAAGGUGGAAAAAAGAAGAAGGAUAACGUUGCCAACGCAGAGGCGUCAUCCGAUGGAGAAUUGGAUUUGCCGGCUGCGGAAGGCAGUGUGUCCGAUAAGAAAGGAAAGCCGGAGGUGGACCGCAAGAAGUUGUUGGCGAAGAACGUUGCGUUAGCUGACAAAGCCGCUAAGGCCUUGGGUCCCUUGCAAGGCACGGCCACAGGUGUCUCGAAGUUGCUGGAAAAAGUGGAGAAAAGCGGCUGUGAGAUUCCUGAGGGAAUCAAACAGUCGAAAGAUGAUUGCAUGGGCAAGCUCGAGACCUGGGCGACGGCGGCUCGUGAGUGCAUCAACGUGCAUGAGUCGACCCGCGAGCUGUGGAAGGACGCUGGUGGCGAUCUGCUGCCUUUGACGGCUUUGCCGUUCGAAGGCAAUGAUGUGAAGUUGCUGCUAAAGCAAGCAACGGAAGUGCAGAGCGCAUUGCGUUCCCUGCUGCCCAAAAAGGAGGCGAAGGCGAAGGCGGCGCCCAAGGCCAAUGCUGCGGCGAAAGCGUCGCCCAAGAAGAGGGCAGCUCGCAGCCACGACACUGAGGGCGGUGACAAGCGCCGCAAAACUGGCAAGAGCCCCCCUUGUGUGACAGCCACCGCUGCGCGCCGGAUCAUCGCGCAUCUGCGAGAUGAUGGACAAGGUAAUGUUUUGCAGCCUGAUUUGCAGAGAAAGGCAGCAAUGACGUAUGGAGCCAUUGCGCAGAUGCCCGUGCUUUGGGCUGAUGAUGCUUGGAUGACACUUGCUGUCAUUCGGACUCGCGAAAUGCAGAGCAUCGAAAAUGGCUAUCCGCAGUCGCUUGUUCAGUAUUUACGGUGGCUGAGGCAGCAAACCCAGCAUGGCUUCACGCUCGUUCUGAAUGAAGAGCCAACCCUUUGCACCAUUGCCCAAAUCUCUCUGGUUGCUGACGCAGAUGGCUUGCGUUUGCUUACCGGUUGCAAAGGAAGUUCUGCUCUGAAGCCAUGCUUCUUAUGUCAAAAUGUUUUAAACGGACAUGACAAAGUGCAGAACCACGUGCACAUCAGUUGCUGCGAUGUGCAUGCUUGCCACUUGCAAACGCAAGACAAUCUUAUCCACAUCCAACGUCACCUUGAAACCUUGCUGUCUCGCAAGGAAAGAGAAGAAGCGGAAAAACUAUUGGGAUGGCACCUGCAUGCCUUGUCGGCGUCUAUUUUAGUGCAAGAAGAUCUCCGAAACUGGAUUCCAUUAUCAUCCUUGAGGUACGACGCCAUGCACUGCUUCCUGGCAAAUGGCAUAGUGCCUCAAGAAUUGGGGCUCUGGUAUAAUGCUCUUUUGGACAAGACCUCCUGCGACAUCGAUACAGUACGCAGAUACGUUCUGCAAUGCUGGACAGCCUCCAAAGAGUCGAGCUUGGACAUCAACAAAAUUUUCACAAAGAAAAGAUGGCAGAACCAAAGAGACUUCCGCGGAGAUGCAUCUGAAGCUCUGUCAGUGCUACCUUUGAUGGUUGCAUUUUCCUGGGAAGUCAUAGCGCCGGAUUUUCCAGCCAUGCUUCCCCACUGCGAAUGCUUGACGGCGCUGUUGGCGCUGAUAUGUUCGUUUCUUCCGGUCCUGCGUGGACCAACUGCUCAGUGCCAUGCCCUGCAGACAUGGUUUGGCCAAGAGCCUAAGGCUGACAAGUCUCAGCCCAAGAUCGGUGAUCACAAGAAAUCCCGUGAGGGCGAGGUUUGGGAUUUUGGGGCCCAUGUUUGGCAUUUCCAACGUGCCGCAGCUAGUGCGUUGGCGUUGGCCCAUGGCCUCAUUUUUGCCCUGCUUCUGGGGCCGGAAAGACAAUUUCUGAAAGCUUGCGUUGGGGGUCUAGCAGUGGCCAUGGGGAAGAGGGAUCGAAAAAAGGGUCUGAAUAAGGCCAUCGCCACAGACGAUGAGUUGUGCCCAAAGAACAAGGAUGAUGACUGCGGCCCUUACUUCAUACCGCAGAGGGUUCGUGGACCUCGCAACCCUGGUUGCAUCCCCUUUCGCCUGUGGGCCAUCAUAGUCUUGAUGCAACGGGCCUUUGUGCAGCCGGCCGCGUUGUAUGACUGUGCUGAUCUUUUCGCCGGGCAGUGUGCAGACAUCAAUACGAGUCAAGGAUUCCUGAGAUUCCUCUGGGCAGUCUUAUGCUGCAAGCCCGACGCAGUGCUGGUUCAACCCGAAGCUUCUGACCAUGCGGAGACGCCUCCGCCGAAACGACGUGUCAUUUCGCCAUCGACUUCGUUCACUUCCAAGGCAUCUUUGGCCUCAUUCCGGCUGUGGGCUUCCAGUGGUUCGAUGAGUGCACCUUCGCCAGUUCAGUGGCCCGCGUUGCUUCCAUCGAGCCGUGAACUAGAACCAGCACUGGCCCUUGCUGAGUCUAUUUCUCAGGCCCAUGCCUAUGCUGAUGCUGAACAUGACACGCACAUGGCAGAACAACCAAAGUCGCCAAUGCCAACUGCGAAGGCAGUCCCGAAGCCAAUUCCAACGGCCAAAGUUGCUGCAUGCCAACCCGCAACCCAAGCACCUGAGCCAACACCAAGCCAUGAAUCCACAGAAACACCUCAGUCAACACCCCCACAGAUGCACCCAGCCAAGGACUCCCAUGGACCAGCCAAAGUUCAGCUUGACUCAGCAAGAGCUGGCAUCUUGCGCCACAAGAAAGCACAGCCAUCCGGCUUGUCUGUCAAGUGGGAACUUGAUCCCCCGGCCCCGCCUGUUCUGCCACCAGACCUGGAGACACCCAACAAUGCACCCCAAGCAGAAUCUCCAGCCUUGGCAAAAGCCAAAGCGCAACCUCCCCUGACCCGUGCGCAGCUUCCAGCACCCUCAGCACCCCCAGCACCCCCAGCAGCACACCCAGCACAGCCAGCACCAGCAGCAGCAGCAGCAGCACAACCAGCACAGCCUGUACGACGACCUGCUGCUCAAAUCACCGUUGCCACUGGGGAGGAUGGGGCACCACAGCCCAUUGAACCCGCGACCUACAACGAACGGCAAGCUUUGCAGGGCGAGUUCAAAAGGCGUCUUCGCGACCCAGAAGCGCACGACAUACCGGAUGAAGUGGUGGAAGCAUGGGAAGCUGCAGUGAAGACCAACACGAAGGUUGCACGUGGAAAAUUCCAGGACCCACACCGAUCGAUCCACUUCCACGAGGAAAAUAUCAUUGCUGAUCACGGUGGUGACACGGAUGCUGCAGACAGCAUCAUUAAGAAGAAGAUUGCGGCUGGUUUAGUGCAAGAUCACCCAGACGAUGAUGAUUUGAAGACUUACUAUGUGACUGUGGAGCUUGGAAAAAAGGAUGAAGAGGAGACCGCCAACACGCUCAAGAUGGCGGCUAAGGCAAAGAUCAACUGUGGUGGUCAGGCUUCCCUGAAGUUGACGAAGGGUUGCAAGCCCGAAGAGUGCCUGAACCUGCGUACCAACCAAAAGGAAGCUCCCGCGCCCGCGACGGUUUUGGGAGUUCCAAAGGCCAAAGCGAAGUCCAAACCCAAGCAAGCAAAGACGAAGGAGAUGCCGGAUGAGGUCGUACCAGGUCUUCAAUGGAUGGUUCCCCAGAUUCUCAAGGAUUUGAGCCAGGCAAAGAUGUGGCCCGUGAAAUUGGCCCAUCUUAAGCACCAAGACAAACUUCGUGACAACCUAGUGGCAGCGGCGAAGGAGUUGGAAGAUUACUAUUACACUCUGAAAUCCAUUUUGGACCAGUUCGAGAAGAAUCCCGAAAGCCUCGACGAAGACCGUGCCGCAGAGAUCCUUAUUGAUGCCAAUGCCGGAAGGGAUUCGUACCUCGAAAAUGCAGCGAUGGCAACGCAGCUGUGCAAGCCAAAGGGAGGGAAACGGAAGGUGAGGCCAGUGAAGGAACUGAAAACCCUGAGACCUAAAGCUGUGCGACAUGGACUCCUACGUGAUGAGUCAAAACGCAAAGCAGAGGCUCUGGCUGGCCAAAGCAGCAAUGUGGAGCGGCCAUGCAAGAUGCCUCGGCCGGUGCUUCGGCCUUUCUCUGCCCCUGAAGUUGUGGCUGCGCGAGCAUCAUGCAAGCCGAAGACCCCUGCACCCGAAUUUGGGGAGUUCAACGAACUGCUGCUUCGGCUAUGCAAUGGCUGGAUUCGCAUGGUGGUCGUGUCAAAGAUUCUGGCGAUACUGUUGCUCGGCUUUCAAAGCUUGGCUGCAGUGGCAAGUGGUCUGCUAAUGCUGAAGGUGUUCGACAAGUGCCUCUUCGGGGCGUUGACACCACCUGAAGUUAAAGAGUAUUGGGAUCACCUUGAAACACAUACCAAUUGGUUUAGCAAUCACCCUGCAAGUGCUUGGCACGACCGAUCUCGACUGGCUGGUGUUGCGACUUACGGGGAUGAAGUGCAAGCCUACCGCAACUCCGAGUGUGGUGCUGUAGCUGUGUGCGCUUUUACUCCCGACCUUGCAUACAAGAACGAUCCGUGCAACCGGUACUACCCCAUUUGUUUGUGGAGCGAGCAUCAUGAAUGCGAGCACACCUACAAUGACGCCAUGAAGUACGUGGUGCGCAGUUUCAGGCGCUUAAUGGAUCCCACUGCUACCUGGCCUUGGACAGCUGAAGGGUAUCAUGUGACCUUCACUUCUGCUCAAGGUGCCACUCUGAUUCACUUAUGUGAAGCGGGGAUGUUCGGGUCCAUGCAGGGCGCGGGGGUGUACAAGGACAAGUUGGCCAAAGUACUGAAACGUGCUCAUCGGGAUUUUUUGCUGUUCAAGAAGCUGCGUGGCAUGCAGUGUUUUCCAUCUUUGCAGAGCAAAGCAGCACCUGGCAAGAUUUUGACUCACUGGUUGGCAUGUCGCGCACAGCAGUGGGCAGAAAGGGUCGAUGCUACUGAGUCCGACAAAGUAGUUGCGAGCUGCAUUUUUGCCUAUGAUAUGAUGCUUCGAACCAUGGAUGAGGGACGGCAUAUCUUUACAGAAGAACAGGCUAAUCGCUUUGGCUACUUCACGUUGCGACACCUACGCUGUUACGCAUGGCUGCAUGAUUUCGGUAUGAAAGCUCAGCUCCAUGUGCCAGGGCGCAGGUCAUGGCUACUACUUCCCAAAUUGCAUCACUUGUGGCACUUGUGCCAUGACACUGUCAGAUCCAGGAUCAAUCCCAAAUUUGUCACCCUACUCACUGCAGAAAGCUUUAUAGGAAUCAUUGGCCGCAUUGCUAGAUCCUGCCAUCGCUCCAGUGUCUCUACAAGGACGUUGGAGCGCUACCAGGUUUUGAUGAUCCACAAGCUGCCAAAGUGA